AUGCUAGUGACACACAACUCUACAAAAGGAGUCGAUGGCAAGACGCGACACAAAGCUAUGAAGGAUGCAUUGGCGACAUGGGAUGUUAUGGAGGAGGCGUUGGGAAGACAUGAUACUGUGGAGGAAACAUCGGCGACACGCAAAGCUAUAGAGAAGGUGCUGGUGGCAUGUGACACUGGUGGAGAAGACGCUAGUGUCACGCGAAACAGCAGAGAAGGUUGA